UUCGAAGACUCCCUGGCGCGUCCGACUACUGCAUCUGCUACCAUACCUGCGUCAAAUAGGAGACAAGGAUCAGGACUAGCAUUCCCAUCGCUGCGUCUUGCACGCGUCCUCACAAGGACUACAAGGCUGCAUUCGCUCUACUUUCUUCGCUGCCUUCCCAUCCGUUUCUUCGACGCGCCGUUCCGUGUUCGGCCUCUCGACCUUUUGAUCAGACCCGUCUCAUUAAGUGUAGUCCGAUCCCAAUCUAGCCCGAUUUCCCCUUCGGAGGACAACUCUCUAAGCGUACUUAGGCAUUUCCCCUCGGAAUUCACCGCGUCCGCUUCGCAAGUCCACGCUGCUGCGACAUCAGGUUGCUCAAGUUCUCUUCUCAGUUUCUCCCUUCUGCUCAUCGCCAUAUCCCUGCGUGAUCAUCUCGCCCUCGCUUCUCCUCCUCCUGUCUUGGCGUUCUCUCAGUCAACCCUCUCAUGGCUCGACCAUCCCUCCAGCGCUCUCUCUUCCUCUGCAUCUUCGCCGGAUUCGUCGGCGCUUGCAAGCCCAUCCUCGCCCGCCUUUCAGGUGCCUGGCGCUCCUUCCCUCUCCUAUCUCCUAUCGCUCUCCUAGACACCUACAAUGCCGCGGACGCGUUUGUUUCCAUAAUCUGUUACGGCGGUGUAAUCACCUUGACAGUGGGAAUGUGGCAUGUUUAUAUCGCGUCCAUGGAGGGGAUCUCGUCCCUUGGGGCGACCAUGAUAAGCAGUUCCUGUAGCAUUUUGUGGUCUGGUGCGUUAGGGCUUCUGCUGCUAGGGGAGGAGUUAAAGCCUAGGUGGUUCUUGGGUGCAUUGUGCAUUUGUGGUGGGCUUUGCUUGGUAGCUCUGGCUAAUAAUGAGACCACUGAGGAGGAGGGAGGGGAGAAGGAAAAGCAAGAUCAGUAGACAUUGAUGGCCUGCCAUUGGCGCUCCUCCAGUUGCAUGGCCGGAACACAUUCGGUGACUACUGUACAUGCUAUGGAUUUAGGUAGGUACUACUAAGGUACUACCAUGUUGAGCAUUUGAUAUUGCAUGCAUAUCAUCUGAGCUGGCAUCUGAGAUUGUUCAUGGUAUGACAACACGGGAACAACUCUUACCCCCUUUGACAGUUUCUGUAUGUCGGGUGCCUGAACCGACCUGGCUCCAGAUAUCCUUUGCGACCACACCUCGUCACGUCACUGUCUGUACUGGUCCUCCAAUCAACUGGCCAUCACUCUUUUAUAUGCGCUGCACACCUAUUCACUCAGAUCCAGCACUGAUCAGUGAUCCCACGG